UACAGAUCUCAUCCAAUCAAGAUUUGGAGGCAGUUCCAUUUCCUGCCAGUCGCAACUCUAUAUAGGCUAACUCUAAAGUUUGGCUUUUCCUGUCUGCAAACAACAAGUCAUCAUGGCAACCACCCACUUGGAAGACUUUCUCACCUCCUCCUUUAGCCAAUGGCUGUUUCUUCUCGGUCGACAAGCACGGUGGGCGUGUCCGAUACUGGCACUUCUAGGCACGCCUUGUCUGCUCGAACCAGGGAAUCAAUGCAGCUCUCAUCAACAAUGCAAUUCCUUUUGGUGUCGACAUGGACAGUGCUUUGACCCGCUUCCCAAUUAUGCAACUGGACCAUGUUAUAACCAUUUCGAAUGCCUCGGGCGUCAUUGCGUCAAACCAGCAACCCAAGCAGCUGCUGGAGGAGGGUAUUCUCCUCCUCCUCAGUCGGCUCCAACUGUACUGCCACCGGCGGCUGUCGGACCCACACAGUCACCGGUAGAAACAUCCGGAGAAACAAAUCAUCCCGAGAUAGAACUGCAACCACUACAAGGACAGCAGCAACAGCCACAGCCACAGCAGCAGCAGCAGCAACAACAAACUUGCGACCUAAAGCCAAUCGGUACAUUUUGCCAUCAUGACAACGAAUGCUUGUCAGGAAACUGCAAUCUCUUUGACUGUUUUUUCUUUUUGAUAUUUGAUUGCUACAAGGUUUGUGCACCUGCAACUGGUCAAGGACAACCCAGGGACAUUUGUACCAAGGGCAGUCAAUGCCAAAGUGCCAUCUGCGCCGACUCGAACGAUGUUAAAGAAUACGAAUGCAAAGUUCCAGCCUCUGCAGAGGAAGAGGCAGAACCAGGAGGUCAGUGCAUUGAUCAGCCAAAGGCACUGGGAGUGGCAUGCCAUCAAGGCAGCGAAUGCCAGUCGGGCAACUGUCAGCAUUUUGAUUGUGCAUUUCUUCUCUUUUUCAAUUGCUACAACAUGUGUGUUCCUGCCAAUGGUCAAGGACAACCUGGAGACUUUUGUAUUAAGGACGAGCAAUGCGCCAGCGGUGUUUGUGGCGAUUCGAACCGUGUGGGAGAUAAAGAAUGCAAAGGUACUGCAACAGGCCUGGGACCAACGUCCGUCCCCGGUGGGGGGCCAAAUCCUGUGCCCGUUGUCAGCGGGCCCAAUUAGCCACUCGACGCCAGAGGAAUUGCAAAACCACUGAUGACCUAACUGCGGAGGAUAGCGGUCACUCACCGAUGCAAGGACCGGUAUUCUAAGCCAUGAAACUAGAAAGUCAAGCCCCAACAUCCAGCUUGGGUUUCAGAUCCGCAGAGAUAUGAAGAAUCUUCCACAUCCAUUAUGGUGCCUCUCAUUAGGACCGAUUUCAGUGUCAGAAUGGCAUCCUUCAUUUGCAGGAUUUCUCAACUAAUGACACAAUCCGAUAUUGUCCUGUCAUCUUUGCUCCUUCUGUGUUCACACACCCUGAUUGGUAUGUUGCCUCCAAUACCAUUCUGACCCUCCUGCCAAACGUCAGGCACCAUUUCAGUCACAAGCUAUGAAGUCCUUGCCGGACAAUCAUCCAUCAGACUAACCUGGCGUUUGGCACAUCACGGGAGUGAUGGCAGCAUUGUUGAACACGAGAACAGCUGAGAGAGGCUUUGGCUAUCAAUUGCCAAUUGUACUGCACCAAGACUUGAACCGGUACGAGAAUUAAAAGCCAAACCGAGACGCGAAUACGAGCCUGACCCAAGCGCUGGACCAGAGGAUCCAAAGGAUCCAUGCACGAGUUUUUAGAUACUUUGCAGCGAGCUAACUAGAAUACCUAGCUCCAGAUGCACAACGAUGCUGUAAAAAUAAAGACAAAGCUACACGCUG